AUGGAAGACACAACGUGGGAUCAAAAACUCCAUGCCCUAACACACAUCCUCACCAACCCCACCACCACCCCAACCCUCCACUCUCAAUUCUUCAUCUCCACACAAGUCCCUUGCUAUCUCAACUGGGACUACCCACCUAUCCUCUGCAGAAAAUCCACCACCACCUUCCCUCCCAUCCACCUGAGGUGGGCUUUCUCUCGCUUCCUCAAAAGGGUUUCAAGGUUUGGUUUACCUGAGACCUCUUGGAGGGCCAAGUGCCCAUUCCAACAACCACCACCAUUGGUGCUUGCUAAGGGAUUGGAUGAAGCUCAGUGGGGUGAAGAACAGAGGAGAGAGUAUGUGAGGAAGAGGUUUCAAAGGAAGCGCAUUGGGAUUAAUGUCAACCCUUGGGUUCUAAUCAUGGGUCCUAAUCUCUUGCUUCUCUCUCUCCUGCUUUUGAACCCAUUUCCUGUUAAUUGA